CUUCCCUCAUGAACCUGCGGCACAGCGCGCUGGGCGCCAGGGCACCGCCCAGCUGCUCCCUCACCACUUGCAGCCCGCUCCCAAGGCUGCGGCGUCCGUGCAGGGGGACUUGGUGCCUGGCCCCAGUCUCCGUGGUGGCGCCCGGGUUACCCCGCUGCCGCCUCGGGGGGCGCCAAAGGCGACGGGGCAAGGGUUGGCAGGCGGGAGCAGGGGCAGGCUCCCCGCAUGUGCUCCUAUCUCCCCACAGAGCGCUCGGCUUUCACCCAGCAUCCCCGAGCGCAGCCAGGCUGGAGUGUGCCCCGGCCGCCCCGUCUCCCCUCCCAGCAGUGCCUGCCGCGCACCCCAGAGAGCAGCAUCCCCGGGCUAGCUCGUGUCUGCUGGGCGGCAGCUGCCAGGGGCUGGCUCUCUCCCAACCAAGCUGAAGCGAGGGACCAGCUCUCUCCCGUCUCCACCCACAGAUAUGGGAAUCGUAUCCCCCCCAGCCAUCCAGAAGGACUAUCAAAAUAAAGAUGAGCCAUCAAGGAACAUCACAAUACAAAGGAUUGGUUAAUGGCCCUAUCCUACCUGGGAAAAGCUACAUGCAAGGAAGCUCAUCCUAUGGACUUGAAAACUGAAUGAAAGAAAUAGACAAAUUUCCUGUGACUUUAUCUCUCUUUGCUGUUUGAACUCUGGGAGGGCCAGAGACUGAGGCAGAUAUCCCCAGACACUUCGAAUUGACAGAUCUCUACAACUCUGUCACUCUAGUGAUUUAGAUGAUAACUCAUUUGUGUUAAAACGUAAUGGCUGCAGCUGUGUUUACCUGUAGUAUAAUCCUAGUGUUUAUCUCUUCAGUGAAGGCAGAGGAAUGCAUGGUACAUGAUGUGCUGCAUAGUCAAAGUUUGAUAUCUGUACUGGUAGGAGAACCUCUUACUGUUGAUUGUUUGUUAGAUAAAACACUGGCUCUUCAGCACAUGAAUUACAGCUUGACUUGGUAUAAAAGUGGGAGCAAAAUGCCUGUAACUCAAGUGAAACUUUCCAGAAUACAUCAGCACAAGAACUUGCUUUGGUUUAUGCCUGCAAUUUUAGAAGACUCAGGAUCCUAUGAAUGUGUCAUGCGGAAUUUAACAAGCUGCAAGAAAAUAUAUUUCAGUGUAAUCGUUUUCAAAAAUACUGCUGGUUUGUGUUUUAAUGGGGAUUUUCUCUAUGCUCAAGAGAUAUCCGCAUCAUCAAAUGCAAAGAUUGUGUGUCCUCAUCUAGACUAUUUCAGAGAUGAGAAAAAUACUUUACCCAUUCACUGGUAUAAGGAAUGUAAUCUGAUUGACAAUGAAAGAUUUCUAAAUCGGGAUGAUGAUCUCAUAAUAAAUAGUGCAAAUGUAAAUGAUUCAGGAAAUUACUCCUGCAAGAUGACAUAUAAUUAUAUGGACAAAGAAUAUAACAUUUCUCGAAACAUUUAUGUAACUGUUAUAGAGACCCCACUGAAGAAGAGAACUGAAAUUCUUUAUCCAAGAAACAAUACAAUUGAAGUGGAACUUGGGUCCAAUGUUGUUGUGGACUGCAACGUAUCAAGUUUUAAAGAUAAUUCAAUUGGAAUAUCCUGGAGAGUCAAUAAUACUUUAGUCAAUUUUUUGUUUAUGGGGAGAGUUCAAGAGGGAAAUCAAGAAGAUUCUUUCCCAGAUGGGUACUUAUUCUCUACAGUGACGCUCAACAUCACAGAAGUGAAGCAGGAGGAUUAUGGACGUCAGUUUGUGUGUCAUGCUGGUGAAGUUGCAGCCUACAUUGCAUUAAGACAGCCAGUUCGAAAUUUUCAAGGAUACUUGAUUGGAGGACUCCUUGCACCAGUGUUUGUAAUAGUUGUUGCCAUAUUAAUCUACAAGUAUUUCAAGAUUGACAUUGUGCUUUGGUAUCGAAAAUCCUGUCGUCCUUUUCUGAGUAAAGAAGUUUCAGAUGGGAAGAUCUAUGAUGCAUAUGUAUUGUAUCCAAAAAUCAACAAAGUAGAUUGCAUCUACACACCAGAUAACUUUGUGCUAAAGCUGCUUCCUGAGGUUUUAGAGAGACAGUGUGGCUAUAAUCUGUUUAUACUUGGAAGAGAUGAUUUACCAGGAAAAGCUGUGAUCAAUGUUGUUGAUGAAACCAUUAAGCAAAGCAGAAGGCUUAUAAUUGUAUUAGUACCAGAAUCGUCAAGUUGCAGUUUAUUACAGGAUAUCUUCGAACAGCAACUGGCUGUGUACAGCGCUCUUGUCCAGGAUGGAAUUAAAGUUAUUCUGAUUGAACUAGAUAAAAUAAAGGACUAUACGAACAUGCCAGAAUCGAUCAAAUACAUUAGGCAAAAGCAUGGGGUCAUCAGAUGGAAAGGAGACUUCACAGAGAAAUCUUAUUUAGCAAAUACAAAAUUUUGGAAAAAUGUCAGAUACCGAAUGCCACCCAGACGUCCAACUUCUUCAGAACUACACUUGCUGCCAACAGCCUUGAACACCUUUCAAACCACAGAAAGAUGAGGCAUAUGUCACUUUAAUGGCCCUGGGCAGCUCCAUUUUGAAAGCUGUCUUGGUGGAUUUUAUUAGAAUGCUGAUUGUGUACAUGGUAAAUGGACAAUUUCACGUAAAGCCUUUCAGGAUUGCAUUCACAGGUUAAAGAAAGCUAAUUAAUUAUCAUUCCGCUGUGCAUAGCUAGCCUGCAGGAUACGCAGUACUAUUCCUUCAGUGUUAUAUUAAUGACAACAUUAGAAUGACAGCAGAAAAGAAGCACCGAACACAGCAGAAACUCUGGGGAAAAAAUAAGCUUUUGAAAGGGCACUUUUAAGACCCUUCUUGAACAGUGUGUUUCUAGAAAAAAAACUGUAUUAAAGCAGAUUAAGUAUAAUGAACAUUCAGGUAUCUUUUAUGUUAACUGAGUCCAGAUUUAUAUUCUGAGUUUUGUUAGUGAUAUUUUAUGUCUUUAGCUUAGUAGUUUAACUACAAUUGCAGUAGUUAAAAGCGCAGUUCAUUAAUCUGUUCUUUAUCACGAACUUACUCAGUCCACCCAGGUUAGACCCUCUUCACCCUGCCACCAAGCACGGUCAGACAUUGUCAUGCAUAUCCUGAAAAAGCUCAUCUUACUCUGAACUGUAGAUCUUCAACUCCCAACAAAUACAUUUUUAAAUGAAUAUGAACAGUUCGAAAGAUGGAGGCAGUUCAGCUGAAAGAUGCCACAGUGAUUAGUUUUUAAGCAUAAUAUUACUGAACAUAUUUUAAAUGAUCUGGAAGAGGGGCAAAGGAUUAAACAGAUGUAAAAUGUUAAUUACUUCACUGAUAAUACUAAUUUGGGGUAUGAGGCAAGCACCAAGGAGCAUAAAGUAAACCUAUGAAGGCUGGAAAUCCAUGCGUAAAAUGAUACAAUUUAAUCUAAUAAGAUUCACUAAAAGCAUUACAAAAUAUACUGUACUGAACAGUCAGUGACCUGGCAUAAAGACAGACUAGGUGAUUGAAUAAGUCUCUUCCAUCUCCUAAUGUCUAAGAAUUGAUGAGAAGUGAUAGCAGUGUGUUUAAUAUUGAUCAGGUAUAAGUAUUAAGUUAAUGGAGCAAGUGUGGGGGUUUUUUUGGUUUGUUUUUUAAGAAAAUAUAUGCCAUAGUUGCAGCUGAUUUUUAAUAAAUUUCCAGUACUGUUUUGAGUCAAUUUUUGAAGCAAACUGCAGGGAUUUGAUGGUAUAAUUUCCUCUUGCAUAAAUUAUAAUGACUGCUAAAGCCUCUUACAGUUUUGUGGAAAAUAUAACCCUUUUGAAGCAGCGGUUUAUUGUUAAGCAAAUGAGACUGAUGUUGACCAGAACUACCACACAGAGGUUGCUGGCCAGCAGAGAUGGCAAGUUUUAGAAGUGAUACCUAUUUUGAGAAAAGGAGGCAGGAUUUUCAUUGACCUUUCCUGGCACAGUGGAGGAUUUAAUGUUUGCAGGUUGUAAUAGAGUAGUCUGUGUAUACUUAUCCAAAGUGUUCUGACUAAAACUGCUAAGAAAUUUAGUCUGCACUGGAGAGGACCACAAGGGCCUGGGAUAUGUUUAAGAUACAGGGAUUUACAACAACGAACUAGUCAAUGUAUUGGCCUUCAGUGGAUUACAGUGGAAGGAAAUUUGUAUUUUUGUAAAUGAUAGGAAAAAAUCAUGCUCUUGAAAUGAAGAGAAGAGUAGAGUUGCAAAGUGCACAUUGGUCAUGUGAGAAAUGACAACCUCUAGGGCAGGCCAGAGAAAACUGUAGUGAAAUUUGGGAGAUCAAAUAUUGAAUAUCUAAAUGUAUGGAUACUAUACUGACCUUCUGUUGAUCUACUGGUUGUCUUCUAAAUUAGCCAGAAAAAGUUAUUUCACUCUGAAACUAAUGCUUAAGUUCCCAUGAUUACAAUGGAACUACUUGCAAAAAUAGUUAAGUGUGUGUGUAAGUGUUUGCUUGCCUAGAGGUCUGUGACAAGGGGGACUCUCAAUGCAGAUAGAAGUUGGCUAUGUAAAAGAAGAGCUCUGACUCCUGACAUUAAAUUUGUAAUUGGUUUGAAAUUAACAAAUCCAACCCCUAGAAGUAUUGACUAUAGAUACAUGAAGCUUCACAGAAGACACUGCAUUGAUUGCUGGAUCAAUUCUUUUUUAAUACUGCUUAAUAAAGUAACUUGCUCAGGGUC